UCCGGAGUAAUCUUCCGGUUUCCCCGACAGUUGCUUUGUCCACAACUGCAUCAGAUCCGGGUAACGACUCUAGCCGUUUCCUGCCGUGGCAGUGGAUCUUUCGGUCUCAUGACCAGGCGCCUGAUGGUUGCUUCUGACCUGUGCGCAACUCCAACUCCAAGAGGGCUGACUCCGGAAUGUAUUCGCGCCCUGACACGCAUAUUCAGGAUUUGCGACAUUGACAACGACGGCUACCUCUCAGACAAGGAGUUGGAGGCCUUCCAGGAGCGCUGUUUUGCUAUUCCCCUGACCGCACAGUCACUGCACGACGUAAAGCAGCUGCCUGUUCUCCGAAACACUGUUUUGUGUGCUGUCUGA